AUGGAAGCACCAGAAGGCCUUCGUAGGAUGCCUCGAGGGGAAAGAUGCCCCGAGUGCGGUAGCCAGAAAUGGUAUCUGCAAGACGGGCUGAGAUUUUGCGCCCGAGGCCAUCAAGUUGAAGGAUUUGUCCAAUUUGAUCUGGGUGAUAUCGAAGACUCUGGUAAAAUGGGAGCCGUGUCUCGGCGUGAAAAGGCCCCUAGAGAUCAACGAAGAAGGGCGCCGCUUACUGGCCAGGCUGGCAGAGAUCUCUAUCUUGAAUCCCUUCAAUUGAUUAUUAGGAGCCAACUCGCAUGGCUCAUUAAUGAGAAGGGGCACAGAGAAGAGCUUGAGACCGUCAUCCGCGACUUAUGGGACUUGCGAAUCAGAGGAUCCAAUUCUGGGUUGGGACAUGAUACCCACGAAGAAGAAGAAUUGGAGGUUUUCAGCUCUGAGCCUCCCCAGGACUCAGCCUUGUCAAACUGGCAGCAACAGUCCAGAAAACAAAGCUGGGAUCCUGAAUUGGGUUCGCGGUGGCCAUUGCCGCGUGUGCCCGAUACGCUCGCCAUUUGCUAUCUGGGCUGUGUCCUUUUGAGAAUACCUACUCACCUCGGUGAAAUUAUUCGAUGGGCAAAUAAUGGCAGUCUUUUAUAUAAAAAAUGCGAAGCAGUAUCACUCUUUACCCCAAGAAAUGCGCGAUAG